CGCCGACCGGCCAUGAUCCGGAACGGGCAGGGGGCGGCGGACGCUGCAGACCAGUCAGGCCUGGGAGACCGGCGCGCUGUGCGGGUCUGGUGCGACGGCUGCUAUGACAUGGUGCAUUACGGCCACUCAAACCAGCUGCGCCAGGCACGGGCCAUGGGCGACUACCUCAUUGUGGGUGUGCACACUGAUGAGGAGAUCGCCAAGCACAAGGGUCCCCCCGUGUUUACCCAGGAAGAGAGGUACAAGAUGGUGCAGGCCAUCAAGUGGGUAGACGAGGUGGUGGCUGCGGCCCCCUACGUCACCACACUGGAGACACUAGACAAGUACAGCUGUGACUUCUGUGUCCACGGCAAUGACAUCACGCUGACCGUGGAUGGUCGAGACACCUACGAGGAGGUGAAGCAGGCCGGGAGGUACAGAGAGUGCAAACGUACCCAGGGCGUAUCCACCACUGACCUCGUCGGCCGGAUGCUGUUGGUGACCAAGGCGCACCACAGCAGCCAGGAGAUGUCUUCUGAGUACCGGGAAUACGCGGACAGCUUUGGCAAGUGCCCGGGGGGCCGGAAUCCCUGGACGGGGGUAUCCCAGUUCCUGCAGACAUCCCGGAAGAUCAUCCAGUUUGCCUCUGGAAAGGAGCCCCAGCCUGGGGAGAUGGUCAUCUACGUGGCUGGCGCUUUUGACCUUUUUCACAUCGGGCAUGUGGACUUCCUGGAGAAGGUGCAUCGGCUGGCAGAGCGUCCCUAUGUCAUCGCAGGCCUGCACUUUGACCAGGAAGUCAAUCGCUACAAGGGAAAGAACUAUCCUAUCAUGAACCUGCAUGAGCGGACCCUGAGCGUUCUGGCCUGCCGGUACGUGUCGGAGGUGGUGAUUGGGGCCCCCUACGCAGUCACAGCAGAGCUCCUGGACCACUUCAAGGUGGACCUGGUAUGUCACGGGAAGACAGAAAUCGUGCCGGACAAGGAUGGCUCUGACCCGUACCAGGAGCCCAGGAGGAGGGGCAUCUUCUGCCAGGUGGACAGUGGCAGCAACCUUACCACCGACCUCAUCGUCCAGAGGAUCAUUCAGAACAGGCUAGAGUAUGAAGCACGGAACCAGAAGAAAGAGGCCAAGGAGCUGGCCUUCCUGGAGGCCUCCAGGAGGCAGGAGGCGGGGCAGGUGGAGAGUGACUGUGACCUCUGA